CAAAAGUUGCGUUUUGCUGCCAGCGCAAAUGUUUUGUGUCGGUAUUCUGAGGUUUGGUAUCCAUACAUUUGAGUAUCGCCGAUUUUAAUAUGAUACCCUCAACCUGGGAUGAGCUUAGAAUACAAGCUCGAAUACUGGAGAGCGAGAUUGACUCAAAGUUAGCUGCUUUUGGUAAAAUUGGAAAUCGACCAAUGGAACAUAAACAUAUCCCUCGUUUUACCAAUUCUGGAAUAAUCAAUAAAAGCAAUGCAACCCCAGAAGUACCGUCACAUGUAGAUUUCGACACAAACUUCAACGUAAUGUGCAAUGAAAUAGAAGAACAACUGCAGAGACUUACUCAAAUUAAUGAACGGAUGGCAACUUUUGUCCCUGAAACAGAAGCUACACCUACCUCUUUUGAUAGUACUGCACGAAAUCCACUUAAUACUACUAAUAUGGCAGCUGGCAGACUUAGUCAAUUGCAUACAGCUAAACGACAUCGUGAAAUCCUUCGUGAUUAUGCUCAGGAGUUUCGUCAAACUAAAGGCAAACUCAUUGCUGCACGUGAACGUGAAAACCUUCUAGGAUCCGUUUAUCGAGACACAAACUCCACAACUGUAAAUCUAAGCGGUGAUUUUACUUCAAAACCUCAAUCUGAUGUAGAUUCUUCCGGUAGUAAUCAACGCUCCGGUUUACAGUCAAAUAUAUCUAGUUCAACUCGUUUACUUCUAGACGAACAAGAAAAAUACCAUCGCUCUAAUCGUCUGUUGGAUGAACACUUAGCUGCAGCAUCAACAAUACGAGCCGCAUUACGUGCCCAACGCUUUGCACUACGCACUGCCUCAACAGGUCUAUCGAAUUUAAGUUCCCGUUUUCCACAGGUAAAGAAACUGAUUAAUAAAAUUGACUGGAGACACAAACAAGACUCAAUUGUUUUGGGGCUAGUGAUUGGCUGUUGUGUUGUGUUUCUGCUAAUUUACCGCUUCUUUUGAGUUAUAUACAUAUAUAUUACUUAUUUUUUUAGAAGGUAGUACUGUGAUGUUUUUACUAAUAUCUUGUAAUUUCAAAAUGCGAAUGAGGUGCGUGUGAGUAUGUACAUGUAUUUCUGCUCUUGUUGAUAUUAUUAUUACUAACCCUUUACUUUCCAUGUUGCCAAUAUCUUCCCAC